AUGGCAUACCUGCUCCUCUACGUUGAUGACAUCAUCCUCACCGCCUCCUCAGCACAGCUCCUACGGCAAGUUAUCUCGGCCCUUCAGCAGGAAUUUGCCAUGAAGGAUUUGGGCGAGCUCCAUCACUUCUUAGGGAUGCAGGUCCAGCGCAACGUUGAUGGAAUGGUUCUCUCUCAGCGGCAGUACAUGCUUAACAUCCUGGACCGGGCAGGCAUGGCGGAGUGCAAGCCUUGCACAACGCCAGUGGAUACCAACCCCAAGGUCUCCGCCGACUCUGGGGCUCCGGUCGCCGAUCCAUCAGAUUACCGCAGUCUUGCAGGCGCUUUGCAGUAUCUGACCUUCACGCGACCUGACAUUGCCUAUGCCGUGCAGCAGGUCUGUCUCUACAUGCAUGAUCCUCGAGAGCCUCACCUUGCUGCUCUCAAGCGCAUUCUUCGGUACAUUCGGGGUACCCUGCACCUGGGUCUUCACCUUCGGCCGUCGAUCCUGGAUGAUUUGGUGGUCUACUCUGAUGUUGACUGGGCUGGUUGUCCUAAUACUCGCAAGUCCACCUCGGGCUAUGCUGUGUUCCUUGGUGAUAACUUGGUCUCUUGGUCGUCCAAGUGUCAGAACACAGUCUCCCGUUCUAGUGCUGAAGCUGAGUGCUGA